CGAAACAGAGCUUUAAUGUUUUCAUUCAAGCAUUUUGAUGAACUAACAGAAUCCUGCACGUUGCAGUGCGUGAAAUUCAAGACCGACCAGGCCCAAGAUGUGAAAAAGAUGGAGAAACUUAACAAUAUCUUCUUUGGACUCAUGGUCCGGGGUCCUGAUGUUGACAUAGCUGAAGUUACGGGUAAGGAGCCUGCCGAGCAGCAGGUUUCCAAGAAAGGAAGAGGAAGGAGACAGUAAAUGAACCCAGGUUCUACAGACACAAGUUUAUGUAUUUGAUUGAGUGAAAUCAUGGAAAUUAUUGCUUGUUUUGUCUUUUAAUUCCACUCAAACCUUCAAAAAGAAAUCAAAAUGCAACUCUUCUUGUUACAAGUUGGUUUUUAUCAUACAAUUCACCUUAUAAUCCUAUGUUGGUAGUUAGUAAGCUCGCCCAAGAAUUUACUAACAUACCAAUUAACAUCUGAAAUGUUCUUGCAGUCUGUCUUUUCAUCUGAAUUCUGAUUUCAAUUUCAGAUUAAGGUAAAAACAUCUGAAUUUGCUUGCUUU